CUCGGGCAACAGUCGAGGCCCUAACAUCGUUUUUCGUAGUAAAGUCGUUUUCAAAUUCAGUCAGAGGGAAAAAAAAUAAAAAAAAAAAAAAAAAACAAUCAAAAUGUCAGGUAAAAAUCUUGCUGAUCCAGUUUCUUUUAUGAAAGAUUUUGCUGCCGGUGGUAUUUCUGCAGCUAUAUCAAAAACGGCAGUUGCACCCAUCGAAAGAGUAAAACUUCUUCUUCAAGUUCAACACAUUUCCAAGCAAAUUAGUGAAGAACAAAGAUACAAAGGUAUCGUGGAUUGUUUUUUGCGUAUUCCAAAGGAACAAGGUUUUAUGAGUUUUUGGCGUGGUAACCUUGCCAACGUAAUUAGAUACUUUCCAACUCAAGCAUUGAAUUUCGCAUUCAAAGACAAAUACAAGCAAAUUUUCCUCGGCGGAAUCGAUAAAAACACUCAAUUUUGGCGUCACUUUGCGGGUAAUUUAGCUUCGGGUGGUGCCGCUGGUGCCACGUCCCUUUGCUUCGUAUACCCCCUUGACUUUGCUCGUACUCGUUUGGCCGCCGACGUGGGCAAAGCCGGAGCCGACAGAGAAUUCAACGGUUUAGGUCACUGCAUUGCCAAGAUAUUCAAAUCCGACGGUUUGGUGGGUUUGUACAGAGGUUUCGGCGUUUCCGUUCAAGGUAUCAUCAUCUACAGAGCCUCCUAUUUCGGUCUCUACGACACGGCCCGGGAUUUCUUGCCCGAUCCCAAGAGCACGCCUUUCCUCGUUUCUUGGGCCAUUGCUCAAGCCGUGACAACCGUUUCUGGUAUCGUAUCUUAUCCCUUCGAUACCGUACGUAGGCGUAUGAUGAUGCAGUCGGGUCGUAAGAAGACGGAAAUCAUUUACAAGAACACGAUGCACUGUUGGGCAGUCAUUUACAAACAAGAGGGAGGCGGAGCAUUUUUCAAGGGAGCCUUUUCGAACAUUCUCAGAGGUACGGGAGGAGCUCUCGUAUUGGUAUUCUACGAUAAAAUCAAAGCUCUAUUGUAAACACGUGU